CUCUCCCCCUCUCUCUUACACACACACACACACACACACACACACACACACACACACACACACACACACACACACACACACACUCCUACAGUUCUCACACACUAAUAUCUUCGCUUUUUUUUUUUUACAAUGACAUUAGAAAACUAACAAACAAAGGAUGGAACCAAUAACCAAGUGGACUCCAACUCAGGUUGUCGUUUGGAUGAGAGGACUGGAUGACAGCCUCCAGCAGUACAUCCAGAACUUUGAAAAGGAGAAGAUUGAUGGCCAGCAGCUGUUGAAGAUCUCCCACCAGGACCUGGAGGAGCUUGCCGUGGGCCGUGUUGGCCACCAGGAGCUCAUCCUAGAAGCUGUAGAUCUUCUCUGUGCUUUGAACUACGGCAUCGAGACUGAAAAUCUGAAGACCCUAGUCGGCCGGAUGAGAGCGACUUCUAAUAACCUGCAGAACUGUGCUUCAGAGAGGAGGAGAAGCCCGUCGAAUGACAGCAGUAGCUCAAACAAACCACCCAACGAGUUCCUGACUGAGGUGGUGGAGCUUAUAGGAGCAGCUAAGGGUAUGCUGGCCUGGCUGGACAGGACACCGCUGACAGGCAUCAGUGACCUCAACUCCAUCAAGAACAGGAUCAUCCAGCUGUGUUUGGAGCUCACCACCACUGUGCAGAAGGACUGUGCUGUGUAUGAAAUGGAGGAGAAGAUACUAGAAGUAGCUCGAGUUUUAACCGGAGUCUGUGAGGCUACCAGGAGGACGACAUUUGACCCCUUGAAGAGUCGCACUACCUGUCUGGAGGAGGUCCACAUCACUGAUGUCAAACCAGAAGAAGGGCUAGGAAUGUACAUCAAGUCCACAUACGACGGGCUGCAUGUGAUCACUGGAACCACAGAAAAUUCUCCAGCAGACAGAACCCAGCACAUCCAUGCCGGAGACGAAGUGGUGCAGGUCAACCGGCAGACAGUGGUGGGCUGGCAUCUGAAAAACCUCGUUUCCAAAAUGAAGGAGAAUCCACAUAGUGUGAUGCUCACACUGAAGAAGAGACCUUCAGGUACAGGAAACUUCACUCCUGCUCCACUGAAGAACAUGCGCUGGAGACCUCCGGCUGUGCAGAGUGCUCCUCCUAGCCAGACUGCUCAAUCUUCCAAUGUAGAAAGUUCAGCUAAGAAAGAGAAGCCAGCCAUUUUGGACCUGUACUUACCUCCACCUCCAGCUGUGCCCUACAUGCCACGCGAUGUAAAGGACGGCACACGUUCACAGGUCAGAAUGAGGCAAAAAGCUCCUGAUUCUCCGAACUCCUCUCUGGACCGAGCUGCGAGACGACGCUCUAAUCUCAUAGACUACAUCAGCAAACCCAACGUCUGCAUGUCUCCUCCAGAGCCCGCCAUUCCGCAGGCCCGACUACGCCAGCGCACGCCCUCCAGAGGAAAGCCGCGGCCUGUGUCUAUGCCUGCAGACACGUGCGUGGGCCUGUCUGAUUCCCCCUGGGCUUUUGGAAGAAAAGGUGAAGAUGUCUUACGCAUGUACAUGAGUAAUGAGCGCAUUCCUCCCAUCGCUGAAGAAGCGUGUUUUCCCGUGCCGUACCGGCCAGCCAGUGAGAAGCAACUCUUACGUGGGGUCGACCACAUCCGUGGCAGUCAGUGCUUUAUCAACGCCGACCUGCACAGCAGCGCCACCGUGCUGUACCGUGACACCACACACCGCAAGAGCCGGACUACACGUUCCUCCAAGAGAUCCUCAGAGCUUUCACCUCUCAGCGCCUGGUUCGCUCGACUGAAGCUCUUUACGCGCUCAUUAACGUGUUUCUGGAAGCUUCACUUAUUCCACUGUUGGCUUCAGAGUUUGUUGUCCUCUGAUGUUAAUCCUGCAGAACUGACAGACAUGCCGGUGUCAUUUCCACUACAAGACUUUCCUUCUGCAACUUGUCAAGGUGAUGCUGUGAUGAGUCGGAGGAAAGUCUCGGUGAAGGACCUGGGACAGGUGGACUGUCACGGCUGGCUUUACAAAAAGAGAGAGAGCCGAGUUUUCCUUAGGACCAAAUGGAAGAAAUACUGGGUCGUGUUGAAGGAAUGUUCUCUGUACUGGUACACAAAUGUGUUGGCUCUGAAAGCUGAAGGCUACAUCAACCUGAGAGGCUUCACUCUGGACCAAGCGCAUGAAUGCAAGAGGAAGUUUGCUAUAAAGGCCAGCCACCCGCAGGUCGUGACACUCUUCUUUGCAGCCGAGAACUCACAAGAUAUGUAUAAGUGGUUGAGUAAGCUAACUGCAGCCUCUGACAAGAAAGACCUUCCAGAAGUCAGUACUGCCGAGUGUUACAGUGAAGACAGUGAGGAUGAGGAUGAUGUUGAAGAAGCAGGAACCCACUACAACGAGCAACAAACCACCAGCUCUGUCAAUGGUUGUCUUCCUCCACCACGCUCCAGCUCAUCCCCUUGCCAGGACAUGCUCCCCCUUGUGUCUCCGGUGUGUAACACCUCAGAGUGUGUGAGUUCAGACAGCGAAUCCUGGCUGGAGCUCAGCUCUGAGUCUCAGGGCCCGAUGAGCGUCAGCGAGCACAGUGCCAUCGGCCGGCUUCAGGAUUACCAUGGCGAUGAACGGCCACCAUCUGAUGAGCUAGAAAUGCUGUAUCUGCACCUCAAACAGGCCAACCUGUCCCCAUGCGGAGAGCUGCAACCUGUGACUAAGCGGGACUACAGAUCAUCCUUCAUCCGACGCUGCAAAAACGACAACAUCAACGAGAAGCUGCACCUGGUCCGAGCUCUCAACAGUACUUUAAAGGCCAAAGAAGCAGACCUCCUGGCUCUUGAGCAGGUUCUAGCGGAUUCAACAUUAGAUGGCAAUAAAUACAGACGGUGGAAGAGUGCAAAUGUUGUCCUGCUAGAAGAAAUCACACACAAAUUAAGGACAGUCGAGGUACAACCACAUGCUCAUCCCGAGCAGGGGCCAUCCUCCAAACCAGUUGUGUUCGUAGAGACCAGCCUGUGAGAUGUAUUGUAUAGAACAUAUAUAAUUUAGCUUGUUUUUCACUUUUAAUCAUAGUUCUUUUGUUUAUUUUAUGAGCUUUUAAAUGUGUGUUAAGCAGUAAUGUUGUAAACUGUCAUCUACUGUAGAAACAUUUACCCUUUUGCACAAGCGGUUUUCACUAGAUGAGUUUAAAACGCUUCUUAAGUUCAAUCACCACUAUCGCACAGCUUGAAGUUAGACAUGAUACAGGCAUGAUUUAGAAUAUAAAAUGAAAAACCUUGCAGAUUUUUUUUAACUCAUUCAGACUUUGUCAAAUAUCAGUCUCAUUAACACAUUUGGACACUAACUUGUUGCUCUCUGUCUUUCAUUCUUUCAACUUUUGAAGAAUGUUUCGAAUGAAAGCUACAGAAUUUAAACCAACAACUAGCAUCAAAUGACUAGUUUGAUUGUUUUAAUAUGUAUGUAUUUUCUGUAAAUAAAUCUCAAAUGUCUUUUAUGUCA